AUGGUCCGCAUAUUCACAAGUAUCCUUUUGGGUUUGCUGUUGCUUGUGACGGGCACUCGAUCCCAGUUUCAAUUCUUCGAACAAAUGUUUGGUGGCGGACAACAACAGCAGCACGAUUCCAGAGAACAAAACGUUCCAAGCGACAGCGACUGGUACCAACGAACUUAUGACAAUGCACGAUGUUCGAACUAUCUCUGUCCCGGCACUCUGGCUUGCGUCGCUGUUCCACACCAUUGUCCAUGCCAACACCCAGCCGUCGAAGAUAAGUUUGAACUAGGUGACGGAAGCGCAAUAUGUGUGUCGAAGGGCGGAUUCAAGUUUGGCGAAGCGGCUAGGAAAGUCGAGCUGGCCAGAAAAGGAUUACUGUGA